GGCACACCUCGUAAUUUGCCUCCGCCUCCCGCAGGCUCCCAGAGGCCCAGAGGUCGCCCGUGGCCGGGGCUCACGGAGCUGGGCGCACAGUCAGGGCGCGCGGGGCGUCGGGGUAGGGGGGGAUGAAGCCGUCCUGGCUGCAGUGUCGCAAAGUUACCGGCGCCGGGGGACUCGGGGGACCCCUGCCCGGGUCCUCUUCGGCCCGGGGAACCAGUGCCGCCCGCAGGGCUUUGGUGGCCCCGGGCCCUAGGGGCGCUCUGGCGGGCCUGGGCUGCCGGGCGCUGUCCUCUGGGGGUGGAGAGUACAAGACCCACUUCGCAGCCUCGGUGGCCGACCCCGAGAGGUUCUGGGGCAAAGCUGCUGAGCAGAUCAGCUGGUACAAGCCCUGGACUAAAACGCUGGAGAACAGACACACGCCGUCCACCAGCUGGUUUGUGGAAGGAAUGCUGAACAUUUGUUACAACGCCAUUGAUCGUCAUAUUGAAAAUGGUAGAGGGGAUAAGAUUGCUAUCAUCUAUGACAGUCCUGUCACAAAUACUAAAAAAACUAUUACUUAUAAGGAAGUCCUGGAGCAGGUCUCUAAACUAGCUGGUGUUUUGGUCAAGUACGGUAUCAAAAAAGGGGACACUGUGGUCAUCUACAUGCCCAUGAUUCCACAAGCAAUGUAUACCAUGCUGGCAUGUGCGAGGAUAGGAGCUAUCCACAGUCUCAUAUUCGGGGGAUUUGCAUCCAAAGAACUAAGCAGUCGCAUUGAUCAUUCAAAGCCCAAGGUGCUUGUAACAGCCUCAUUUGGCAUUGAACCUGGACGGAAAGUAGAAUACAUCCCACUUAUAGAAGAAGCCCUGAGGAUAGGACAUCACAAACCUGACAAAGUUCUCAUUUAUAAUCGUCCGAAUAUGGAGGAGGUUCCUUUGGUUCCAGGUCGCUAUCUUGAUUGGGAAGAAGAAAUGGCAAAAGCCCAAUCCCAUGACUGUGUUCCUGUCCUUUCAGAGCAUCCUUUGUAUAUUCUUUACACAUCUGGAACGACGGGGUUACCUAAGGGUGUGGUCAGGCCCACUGGGGGAUAUGCUGUAAUGCUAAACUGGACAAUGUCUUCCAUAUAUGGACUUAAACCUGGAGAGGUGUGGUGGGCAGCUUCUGAUUUAGGCUGGGUUGUUGGACAUUCUUACAUCUGCUAUGGACCUCUCCUGCAUGGGAACACUACAGUUUUAUAUGAGGGGAAGCCUGUGGGAACACCAGAUGCUGGCGCUUACUUCCGUGUGCUCGCGGAGCAUGGAGUUGCUGCGUUGUUUACAGCACCGACUGCAAUUAGAGCAAUACGUCAACAGGACCCUGGGGCGGCCCUGGGGAAGCAGUACUCUCUGACAAGGUUCAAAACAUUAUUUGUGGCUGGAGAACGAUGUGAUAUAGAAACCCUGGAAUGGUCCAAAAAAGUCUUCAGAGUACCUGUCCUAGACCAUUGGUGGCAAACUGAGACUGGAUCCCCAAUUACAGCAUCAUGUGUUGGAUUAGGUAACUCUAAAACGCCUCCACCAGGCCAAGCAGGAAAAAGUGUUCCCGGAUACAAUGUUAUGAUUCUGGAUGACAACAUGCAAAAACUGAAGGCUCGGUGUUUAGGGAACAUUGUGGUAAAGUUGCCGUUACCACCUGGGGCUUUCUCAGGACUCUGGAAGAAUCAGGAAGCAUUCAAGCAUUUAUAUUUUGAAAAAUUUCCUGGAUACUACGACACUAUGGAUGCUGGUUAUAUGGAUGAAGAAGGCUAUGUGUAUGUUAUGUCUCGAGUUGAUGAUGUCAUAAAUGUUGCAGGUCACAGGAUUUCCGCAGGUGCCAUCGAAGAGUCCAUUCUCUCCCAUGGUACUGUUGAAGACUGCGCUGUGGUGGGCAAGGAAGAUCCUUUGAAAGGUCACGUUCCUCUAGCAAUCUGUGUGUUAAGGAACGAUAUCAAUGCAACAGAGGAACAAGUUUUACAAGAAAUUGUGAUGCAUGUCAGACAGAGCAUUGGCCCUGUUGCUGCUUUUCGAAAUGCAGUGUUUGUUAAACAAUUGCCCAAAACCAGAUCUGGCAAAAUUCCUCGAUCUACUCUAUCUGCCUUAGUCAAUGGCAAGCCAUAUAAGGUAACUCCUACAAUUGAAGACCCCAGCAUUUUUGGACACAUAGAAGAAGCACUUAAAAAAUCAUCUUGAUUUUUGCUCCUAUUAUGAGUUGGUCUGAGUUAAUUUUGUAGUUGAAAUUAAGUUAUUUGAGUUAUUUCCCAGAAAUAAAAAUUUACAUAGAAAUUACUUGCCAAUUGAAAUGUGAAAUGUAAAACAUCAAUGAACCUAAUCUAUUAAAGACUAGUAAAAGAAUCUGUCUGAUUUGACCCAAUUAUAUUGUUUUCAGUUGCCUGUAAUAUGGCAUUAACUGUGUUGUCCAGUUCUAUAAGAAAAAUGUAGCCAUUUUAUGAUUUUUAAAAAUGGUUCCCCAAGAAAUAUCCUGUAACUGAAAGUGGCCCUUAUAAAUAUAUCCUGACAAAAUUUAAAGCACAAUUCAGCAUCAAAAAUAAUUAAAAUUGCUCUUGUAGAAAUUCUUAUUAAUCUUAAAGUUCUUAAUAUUCAUUAGAUGCCUACAUUGUUUUAAGUGAAAUAGAUAAAAUGGAAAUUUUAGGUAACGAUGUAGACAGAUGAAGUUAUUGUCUAGGACAGGAGACCUGUGUGGCCAUAUGCUUCCUGAAGGAAGGCAAGAAGCCAGCAUCACUGCUCUGCCUUCACUCAGACAAGUGAAAUCACAUAUCUGCAGAGAACCUAAAGGUUCCUCAGCCCAAUCUUUUCAUUUUGGGAGAUGAAGUCUCCCAAGAGCCCUGACUCAUGAUUUGGGUUCUUAGAUUGUGUACUUCUUAAUGGUUCUGACUUUGUUAUCCCAUCAAGUAAAUAACACACAAAUGAAAUAGAGCGGCAAGGAAAGCUCUGAAGGAAGAAAGGUCAAGCCUGCAUCCCAGGUCAGUAGGGAAUGGUGAAGACCAGGGAGCACCUGCUCCAUCAAAGGACUGCCCUGCCCAGUCGUGGAAGAAUGUGUAGCCGGAGAAAGGUAGACAGGUCUCCUGCCACGAGAGCCUUGGGUUUCUAAAAGAAGCCAAAAAUCCAUCUUUUUUUGUGAAAGCUACGAUUUUUACAAUAGUGACACAUGUCAGAAUUAUGUCAAAACAUAUUUUCAUAUUUAAACUUCCACAAAUCUAGGAAGCCUUUUUAAUAGAAAUUUAAAGCUUGUCUUUAAUAAGCUUAUGGUAAUGUACUGAAUAACUAGAGUAGAUAUAAGUCGGUAAUGAACUGAUUUAUUUGGAGUUCUACAUGCAUCAAUUAUAAAAGAACACUGAAUCUUUGAAGAUUCUCAAAGUAUUUCUCAAACUUUUAGUAAUUUGGGAACAUUAUUUUCAAGAACACAUUGUCCUAACGUAAUAGUUUGGGUACAGGAAAUUUUAUAUGUGUGUGUGUGUGUGUGUGAGAGAGAGAGAGAGAGAGAGAGAGAGAGAGAGAGAGAGAGAGUGAUAAUACAUGAGAAUUUGCUUGUUUAUGUCAUAGAAAUUACUUACAACCUGUAUAAAAUAUUUUGAAAAUAUUAGCACUUUUUAGAUUAUAGGCUACAAAAUAAGUGGUUUCUCAAAGUAAAUUCCUAUUUGCUUACACUGCCUUUUUGAUUGUUAUACCUGAAAAAAUAUAUUUGUCUUUAAUUAUUUCAAUAGUCUGAAUUAAUCCAACUAAAUAGAUUCUGUAUAAUUUGAAA